AUGUCCUCCCCCCCCCCCCCGGGCAAACCCUAUGUCUUUGACCGCGUCUUCCCCCCCAACACCACCCAGGAGCAGGUCUACCAUGCCUGUGCCAUGCAGAUCGUCAAGGAUGUGCUGGCUGGGUACAACGGCACCAUCUUCGCCUACGGGCAGACGUCAUCGGGCAAGACUCACACCAUGGAGGGCAAGCUGCACGAUCCCCAGCAGAUGGGCAUCAUCCCACGCAUCGCCCAGGACAUCUUCAACCACAUCUACGCCAUGGACGAGAACCUUGAGUUCCACAUCAAGGUUUCUUACUUUGAAAUUUAUCUGGACAAGAUCCGGGACCUGCUGGACAUGACCAAGACCAACCUGUCGGUGCACGAAGACAAGAACCGGGUUCCCUAUGUCAAGGGCUGCACCGAGCGCUUCGUCUCCAGCCCCGAGGAGAUUCUGGAUGUGAUCGAUGAGGGGAAAUCCAACCGGCAUGUGGCUGUCACUAACAUGAACGAGCACAGCUCCCGCAGCCACAGCAUCUUCCUCAUCAACAUCAAGCAGGAGAACGUGGAGACGGAGCAGAAGCUCAGCGGGAAGCUCUACCUGGUCGACCUGGCCGGGAGCGAGAAGGUCAGCAAGACGGGGGCUGAGGGGGCCGUGCUGGAUGAAGCCAAGAACAUCAACAAGUCGCUGUCGGCGCUGGGCAACGUCAUCUCGGCCCUGGCCGAGGGCACGAAGGCCUACGUGCCCUACCGGGACAGCAAGAUGACAAGGAUCCUGCAGGACUCGCUGGGGGGGAACUGCCGCACCACCAUGUUCAUCUGCUGCUCCCCCUCCAGCUACAACGAUGCCGAAACCAAGUCCACCCUCAUGUUUGGGCAGAGGGCCAAGACUAUCAAGAACACGGCAUCGGUGAACCUGGAGCUGACGGCCGAGCAGUGGAAGAAGAAGUACGAGAAGGAGAAGGAGAAGAACAAGGCGCUGAAGGAGACCAUCGGGAAGCUGGAGGCCGAGCUGAGCCGCUGGCGGAGUGGUGAGGCCGUGCCGGAGACGGAGCAGCUGAGCGGGGCCGAGGCGGAGGCUGGGACAGGCGAGGGGAUGGGUGAGGGGACAGGGACAGGACCCUCCGACGAGACCCCCCUCAACGACAACAGCUCCUCCAUCGUCAUCCACAUCUCUGAUGAGGAGCGCCGCAAGUACGAGGAGGAGAUCCGCAAGCUCUACAAGCAGCUGGAUGACAAGGACGAUGAGAUCAACCAGCAGAGCCAAAUCAUGGAGAAGCUCAAGCAACAGAUGCUGGACCAGGAGGAGGUGCUGGCGGCGGCACGGGGGGGUGGGGAGGCGGCGCGGCGGGAGCUGGCAGCACUGCGUGCCGAGCAUGGGGCAGCCCGUGCCGAGGUGGCCGAGGUGCUGGCGGCACUGGAGGAGCUGGCACGCAGCUACGACCGCAAGGCGCAGGAGGCCGAGGACACUGGCCGCCACAACCGCCGGCUGGCUGACGAGCUGGCUCGCACUGAGGCGACGACGCUGUCGCUGGAGACGGAGCUGCAGCGGGUGCGGGACCUGGGGGGACAGCAGCGCAAGCGGGCGGCCGAGGUGCUCAACGGGCUGAUGAAGGACCUGAGCGAGUUCAGCCUCAUCGUGGGCAACGGCGAGAUCAAGCUGCCGGUGGAGGUCAGCGGGGCCAUCGAGGAGGAGUUCACCGUCGCCCGGCUCUACAUCAGCAAGAUCAAGUCGGAGGUGAAGUCGGUGGUGAAGCGGUGCCGGCAGCUGGAGAACCUGCAGGUGGAGUGCCACCGCAAGAUGGAGGUGACCGGGCGCGAGCUCUCCUCCUGCCAGCUCCUCAUCUCCCAGCACGAGGCGAAGAUCCGCUCGCUGACGGAGUACACGCAGACGGUGGAGCUGAAGAAGCGGCACCUGGAAGAGUCGUACGAUGCCCUGAGCGAGGAGCUGGCCCGGCUGCAGGCCCAGG